CGUACAAGUAAGAGGUAACACCCCUUCCCAGAGCAGCUGUGCGCAGAUAAUACCGAAGGUCUUUGGAUGUGUUGCUGAAGCAGUCAGCGUUUAGGAUUAGCAGAAGAAAGUCAUGCCUUUUCGUGAAUGCAUAUCCCAAAUUCCCAGGAACUGUCUCCUAGCUGCUGGGGUCGGACUUGCGGCUGUAGGAGUCGGGGUCUAUUUGCGAGGAUUAGCCGGGGCCGCUGGGCUGGCUACUCUUGGGGCUGGGGUGUGUUUAAUGGGUGCAGCUGUACUGCGAGAGCGCAGUCGUGAACGGAUAAAAGUGGGUACCGUCUCGAAGCUGUUUAUUUACCCCGUUAAGUCGUGCCGUGGGGUGUCGGUGGCUGAAGCCCAAUGCACCAAACUUGGUCUAAGCCAGGGUGAGAUCAAAGACAGGCAUUGGAUCGUAAUAAAAGAGGAUGGCCACCAAGUUACAGGUCGACAGGAGCCUCGAUUAGUGCUUUUAACAGCAUCAUGCAAGGAUGGGCAUCUGUUUCUCAAUGCUCCGGAUAUGCCAGAGAUGAUCAUCCCAACUAAACUGCCAAAAUCAAACCCUGUUAAAAACUGCAGAGUGUGGGGAGCAGAUAUUCAUGGAAGAGAUUGUGGGGAUGAGGUCUCAAAGUGGAUUACCACUUUUCUGAAGAGCAGUCAGCCAUACCGGUUGGUACAGUUUGAGCCCAACAUGGUACCUCGAAAAUCAAAAGAUGCAGAGAUGCCUUUUAGGAUCACAGAUGAGGUUGCAUACCCUGACGCCAGUCCUAUCAUGUUGCUGUCUGAGGCCUCAGUAGAGGAUCUGAAUACCAGGUUACAGAAGAAGGUGACGAUAUACAAUUUCCGACCAUGUAUUGUGGUGUCGGGCUGCAAUGCUUUUGAUGAGGAUUCCUGGAAAGAAGUAGACAUCGGAAAUGUGAGACUGGCAAGUGUUAUGUCAUGCCCAAGGUGCAUAUUUACAACUGUGGAUCCUGAAACUGGAAUUAUUGACAUGAAAGAGCCAUUGGAAACACUGAAGAGCUACCGUUUGUGUGAUCCAUCUGAAAAAAACAUCUACAAAUCAUCACCCUUAUUUGGAGUAUAUUAUGGAGUUGACAAGACUGGAGUAAUGCGAGUGGGAGAUCCAGUGUACAAACUUGUUUAGGAUCGUGGCAUUUUUGCCUAAAGAUUCUGCAUUGGAAACUUUUGAAGCCAAUUAAAAGCAGUAUUUAUCUACAGUUAUGAUUAUAUUUUGUAACAGUGUUUAUUUUCUUAUCUAACUGGCAUCACUUUAACCUACAUUUUCAAUAUUAUCGUGCUGAAGUGACAGUCCUCUUUUGGUAUUGGUGACAAUAUGUUUCAGCAAAUGCUCAAGCAUGAGGAACAUUUGAAAAACUAUACUGAAGAAAAGCUGAAUUGUUUAAGUAUUGUACUGUUUAUUGUUUUCUUUUGUAAUUGAAAAGCUGUAAUUUGGAAAGUCUGCAGCUAAUAUAUAGCACUUAAAAUAUAUUUCAACAUUUUGACACAAAA